AUGUUUGUACUCGACUCUUCCACGAGUAUUUGGAGUGAAGACUUCAAGCGUCAACUGAAGUUCGUACGAAACCUCGUCAAUUCUUUUGACAUCGGGACCGGUAAGUCCCAGGUCCGAGUCGGUGUGAUAACGUUCAGCGAUGACGCCCACCUGGAGUUUUCGUUCGACAAAUACACCAGUCGAAACGAGCUAGAAGACGCAAUCCUCGCCAUUCCCUACCGAAGUGGGAUUACAAACACCGCCGCAGCCCUACGCAUGGCAAGGUUACAGCUGGGUAGAUACCUUUAUGAUAGCUCGGGACUCUUUGUGACCAUAGUCAUCACAGACGGUUUGUCGCAGCUCCCUCACGAGACGGAACGAGAGGCUAAGAACUUGCACACUCUCGGGGUCCAUGUCUAUGCUAUUGGCGUCGGUAAACAUUACGAUGUCGAAGAGCUAAAGGUAAUUGCAAGUGACCCGCUCCACAAUGUCUUUGAAGUCUCCAGCUACGCAGUCCUUGAGAAUAUAGCUCAAAGCUUUAAUGUUAAGACAUGUGAAGGUGAUCUAUUCAUAUCUAUCUAUCUAUCUAAGUCAUUCUGUUAUCUAUCUAUCUAUCUAAUUUACUCUGCUAUCUAUCUAUCUAUCUAUCUAUCUAUCUAUCUAUUUAAUCCACUCUGUUAUCUAUCUAUCUAUCUAUCUAUGUAUCUAUCUAUCUAA